AGAAAUUUGUUGGGCGGGAACACUUAAUUAUACUGGUACCACUACUUGAAGAGUACCUUAUUUUAUCAACCCUGAAAGGGCCAAAAGUACAGUUGAUAAUGGUAGGAUUUGAACUCAGAACACAAAGAGGAUGAAACUGAGGAAUUUUGUUCACUGCUUUGUCAGCUCUGCCAAUCCACUGCUGUAAUAACUUUUAAUGAUUAUGACUUUUGAUGUUGGCGACCAUCGUAGUCCUUAAACGGAAGCUUCAUGGUCUCUCCCAUGAUCAGCUGGCACCAGAUGAUUGACGGUGACCUUCAGCUGGUAAACCUAUGACGGAAUGAUACAUGGAAGGUGUCCCUUGACUGAUCCUGUUGGAGUACCUGUGUUGCUUGACGUGGAACCUCAUAAGUCUAAUUUGGAGUCGGUUCGCCAGGAUGCCCUGCUUUGUCUCUAGAGCAGAUCUAUGGUCAAAAAAGAAGCUGGAGUUUGUCGUCCCGCCCCUACUGCUGUUAGCAGUGUUCGGAGACUACAUCACCACAGUCACCAGCAGCAACAGCACCACCCUCACACCCCUCCGCAGCAGCCCAGCCACCACCACCACCACCACCACCAUCACCACCACCAUCAUCAACAGCAGCAGCAGACUCAGCAGCUCCUGCACAGAUCUUCAGCUGCAGUUGCCAGUAACAGUAGCACUAUGACUACAGAAGACCUAAUCCAACCAGCUCAGGUUGUGAAAGACCGAUGGAAAGUGGUGCGCAAAAUUGGUGGUGGCGGAUUUGGAGAAAUAUACGAGGGGUUUGACCUAAUAACCAAAGAAUCUGUGGCCUUAAAGCUGGAAUCUGCCAAACAGCCCAAGCAGGUUCUAAAAAUGGAGGUAGCUGUACUGAAAAAACUACAAGGCAAAGAUCAUGUGUGUCGCUUCAUAGGUUGUGGCCGAACUGAGCGCUACAAUUAUGUUGUGAUGUCACUGCAAGGCAAGAAUUUAGCUGAGUUACGACGUAGCCAGCCUCGCGGUUGCUUCUCACUUAGCACAACUCUUCGACUUGGAUCUCAGAUCCUCUGGGCUAUAGAAUAUAUUCACGAAGUAGGCUUCCUUCACCGAGACAUAAAACCUUCCAACUUUGCCAUGGGUCGACUUCCACAUAAUUGCAAAAAGGUUUACAUGUUAGACUUUGGCCUGGCCCGCCAGUAUACAACCUUAAAUGGAGAAGUUCGACCACCACGUGCUGCCGCUGGCUUCCGGGGUACAGUACGCUAUGCUUCAGUAAAUGCACAUAAGAAUAAGGAAAUGGGUCGACAUGAUGACCUGUGGUCAUUAUUUUACAUGCUGGUGGAAUUCAUGGUUGGGCAGCUGCCGUGGAGAAAAACCAAAGACAAGGAGCAGGUGGGAACCAUGAAGGAAAAAUAUGACCAUACGCUUCUCUUGAAAAAUAUGCCAUCUGAAUUCCGCACGUUUCUUGACCACGUCAGUGAGCUGGACUAUUACGACAAGCCAGACUACAGCUUGUUACACAACCUCUUCGAUCAGUGCAUCCGGAGAAAGUCGAUUCGAGAGAGCGACCCUUACGACUGGGAGAAGCUGUCCGGCGACGGAUCCCUCGCCACUACUACCACAACGACAUCACCCCCAGUCGCUAUCAAACAGACCCCUGGAGCAAUACCUGCCCACCUUCAUGGACCACAUACUCCAGGUCAUGGUGCCACAGACGUGAUGGAUGAAAACUUCAGCUAUAACCAAGAAGAGGACCAUGCUGACACGAAGAAAGGAAACAUCGAUUUGAUUAUUGACAACCACAUGUACAAGAGUGAGAUGGAUAAUCGACUUCGUGAAGAACAGAAAGAAAGAAUGUGCCAGAAGAAACAGUUGGAGCAACUCGAGAAGGAUGAAUGGAAGUGCCGAUCUGAGCAAGGAAGCAAAGAGAUGAUUGUGGACAAGGCCGAGAUUCUGAAAGCUGACAAGGCUCAGCUGUCUAUUGCUGGGGGUCAAAAGUCUUCGUCUGACCUUGCUGUUCUCGACAAUCAGCUGCGCCAUAUUCUCAAGCCAACACCCGACGAUCCCGGCUGCAGUAAAUGCGAUUGCGUCAAGAGCACAUCAGAGAAGAAGGAACUGGGCGAGGACAAGGAUGUGCAGGCUGUUGAGGAGGAUCGGGGCAGCAAAGGUGCAGUGAGCAGCAAAGGUACGAAAGAAAGUGGCGAGGAAAAGAACGGCGAGACUCUCAUAAAAUUAUCCCAUAGUCCAAAAUCUCAUGGUGCUAUUGAACCAAAAGUAACAUCAGGUACCAAGACCCCUGUCGAGAGUCCCGAGAAAGACAAUACUCAAAAUCACUUCGAGAAGAACUCAAAAGCGGAGCACAUGUGCAACAUAACUGAGCAUACAAACCCAGUCAACCCACACCAGAUUCUCACAGUUAGUGGAGCACCAACUCAGGGAGAUGACAAAACUCAAACCCAUAUGGAUGCUACAAACGCAUUCAAUGAUGAAUUUGCCACAAAGGCUGCCCCUUAUACCGUAAUAAGUCACUGGAUUGGAAUAUCUGCAUUUGGUUCAAGCUCCGAAGAUGAACACGACCACGAUCACGACAGCGAACAUGGUAAUGACACCCGAGGACCAAGUGUUGAUAGUAAAUUAGUGAAAGUGCGUGAUAAAGUAAAAUAUUCCCACCAGAACACGCUAGCGGAUGAAGUAUCCAUCCGGCCAGACAGUGCAAAUCGGAACUCGAUGACAUUAUUGGAUGAUGGCAAAGACGCGUUCAACAUUUUAGCCUGCUCAGACGAAGCUGUUGACACCAAUGCAGUAGAUGCAUCGGCUGCUGUGAAAAAUAAAGAUGUGAAUGCAAUUAACUGGGAGGAAUCAAAAUUUUCUUUUCCAGAGGACUCUUCAGAGCACGCACUUCGAAGUAUUCCCCGAUCGUUUACCAUUCCUGAUGGAAAUGUCCAAUUUACUCCAUCAAGCCCUAGUAAAAUGCCUGAAAAACUUGUGAAAGAUAUUGGGAAUUUGAUAGGGUCACCACUAAAGCAUCCGUUCAGCGCAACAAGGCGCUUUUUAAAGGUUCGCAGCAGUCUAUCCGAUAAGAAAACUGGUUCACAAUCAAAGGGGGGUGUACUUGGGAAGCCCCCCUUAGCACAACUUACUGUUAAGUCUAGCCCCAAGCACCACAAACGAGGAGAUAGUGAUGUCGGUUUAAGUGACCACUCAGACUGUGCUGUGUCAAGAUUUUUACUAAGUCUAACGAAAGAUGACAAAGCUCUGGAUAAUAUUAGUGUCAGUUCUCUAGGGUCCAGGCCAGAUCUAGCUCUCGAUCCCGACGGGAAUUAUGUUUUGUCACCUGGGGAAGCCAGCGUAACUCUUACUUCACAGCAGGGUCCCUUUAGGAACAACGAGGAUUACGCUUCUUUGGCCGAUCCUCAUAGUGGCUAUACAGAGGACAUGUGUAGCAGGAAACAUUUCCGAAUAGGUGGUAGUAGGCAACGUUCUACAUCAGAAUCACGAAUUAGUAGAUCUCGGACUAAAAACAGUCAAAAAUUAGCAAUGACCAGUUCGUAUGAACAAGCUGUUGAUUGUUCUGGUAGCAAUGCCUUAAAACCUCUGGCUUCUUCUGAACAAGGAACAAGCUUCAGUCCUAAGCCUCCAGGCCAUGCGCCACGGAAACCCAUUGUUUCAGCAAGGUGGCGGCGUUACAAAAAGUCUCUCAGUACCACUUCCAUUACAGGCAAUGCAAGCCCCCUGUUGGUGGCUCCAGUUCACAGCCGGUAUGAGCCUGUACCAUCGCCACUGGCCACAGAUACCACCACUACUACUACUACUACUACCACCACCACCAACACAACCACUACUACCAUCAACAAUACUUCUUCUUCACCCUACCGGUAGUGUCCUGUCUGCACCCUACAGAAUGAUCCAGCGGUUAAAGAAAGAUUCCAACUUCUGAUAUGGAAUAAGUAAAAGAUUAUAAGAGUCCAAUUGAGUCAUCUGUAGAAAGUUGAUGAAAAAAAAAGAAGGAAAAAAAGAGCAUGAGAGAAAGAAAGGAAGGAAGAAAAGGGGACAAUCUGUUAAAGGAACCAAUAACAACAACAACAGCAACAUCAAUGAAAAUUAAGGCAAUGAUGGAGGAGGAGAUAGGGGGUUGGAGGAGGAGGUUCAGAAAGAAGGGAAAGAUGGAAGGAAGGUCAGCUAGUGAAGAACAACAACAACAACACAACCAGCAAUUAUUUGAAAGGGGGAGGGGACAAAACGCACACAAAAAUCAAAAGAAGACCAAUCACCAUAAACACUGCAUAACUACCACUACCACCACCACUGCUGCUACUACUACUGCUUCUUCUGCAACCUCUACCUGCACAAUUGCUUCUACACCACCACCACUACCACUGCCUCUACCAUUUCACUG